AUGGUGUCUGAGAAUGGGAUCGAAGUGGACCCAGACAAGGUAAAGGCUAUAGUAGAGUGGGAGGCACCCAAGAGUGUAACAGAAAUUAGAAGCUUCUUGGGCUUAGCAGGCUACUAUCGGUGCUUCAUUGAAAACUUUUCUCGAAUUUCUACGUUGAUGACCAAGUUGACCUGGAAGGGUGUGAAGUUUGAGCGGUCAGAAGAGUGUGAGAACAACUUCCAAGAGUUGAAAAAGCAGUUAGUGUUAGCUACUGUAUUGACCAUUCCAAAUGGUAAAGCUAAUGUGGUGGCUGACGCUCUAAGUCGAAAGGCUCAGACAGUUUCACUUUCGUACUUAGCUAUCAGUCCACAGUUGAUACAAGAGGCAAUACUAAUGGAUGAAAUUCUUCUAUACGAAGGGGCAACCUUGGAGCUAGAAUAUUAG